AUGUCAAAUAUUUCAAUUAAUUUUGACUUCAGCCAAUGGGACUUUCCAACAGAGCGCAUUUGGUUGCAUAAGUCCUCAGGAGAAAUGACAUGGAAGGUCUGCACGUUUGUGCCGUUGAUAAUCUUUGGCCUGUACGGCAAUUACAUGAUGAUUUUUCUCAUUGCGACAAAUCGCACAUUGCGAUCACCAACUAACCUGAUUAUAGCCAAUAUGGCAGCAGCAGACGCGCUAACACUUCUAAUAUGUCCAGUUAUGUUCCUACUUAACGAUUUUUAUCAGAACUAUCCACUGGGCUCUGUGGGUUGCAAGUUAGAGGGUUUCCUAGUCGCCCUCUUUCUUAUCACAGGCGUUCUUAAUUUAUCAGUAGUAAGCUACGAUCGCCUUACGGCUAUAGUGCUGCCCAGUGAGAAGCGUCUCACUUUACGCGGAGCCAAAAUUGUAAUCGCUUGCACCUGGCUAGCUGGCGUGAUCUUCGCUCUGCCGCUGGCACUCUAUCGUUCAUACCGUAUUCGCAUAUGGAAGAACUUCACAGAGUCGUAUUGCAAGGAGAAUCCAAACGUACUGCCCAAAUAUUGGUAUGUCCUGAUCACCAUUUUGGUGUGGCUGCCAUUGGCAAUUAUGCUCAUUUGCUACACGGCCAUUUUCUAUAAGCUCGACCGCUACAAAAAAAGCGUACUGCGUCGAGAGCACCCGCUGACUGUCAGCUACAAACGCAGUGUUGCCAAAACAAUGUUUAUUGUUGUUGCAGUAUUUGCGGCCUUACGACUGCCCUUCACGAUUCUGGUCGUGAUACAAGAGAAGCAAUUCUCCAGCGACAGCACCGUAAACAGCGGUAUGCAGCUUUUCUGGUACAUUUCGCAGUAUCUUAUGUUUCUUAAUGCCGCCGUCAAUCCGGUUAUAUAUGGAUACAAUAAUGAGAAUUUGAGGCGUGCAUAUAACAAGACCAAGUGCGCCAAACGAGCUACAUUAGGAUCUCCACGACCACAUCGUUGCUGCUACUGCACCUUUAUGAAAAUGACUAAGCCACCAACUGGUUUAACAGCAUGUCUGAAGAAUAGCACAGCUAAUGGACAUAACCAGGAAAUACAAGAAUCAAAAGGAACGUAUAAGUUUUAUAAUACCGCCGACGACAUGAUUGUUUCAAAUGUAAAUGAUGUUGGUUUCAUAUAA